AUGACGAAGGAAGAGGUACUUCCCGACGCGCGACGCCAGGUUAGAAUGUUGCAAAUCAUGGGCUACCUGUCGACCUAUGGAGUCGUACCAUCACCACCACCACCCAGCGAGACCAAGCAGCAGCAGCAAUCGGGCAACGGUAACGGCGGUGUCCGGCGCAACCUCAGCCCCGGUCCCGGCGGCAGCGACUCCGAAGACUCGGACAUCUCCCUCGGGGGCACGUCGCCGCCCUCGCCGAGUUCAUCCCCGCCAUCGACCCACCACCAUCAGCCUUCGCCCGUCUCCAUGAGCUCCAUCGGACCCAUACCCACGCCCUCGCUCAACUUCCGCUUCGACCCGACCCAGUCGUCCUUCCGCUUCGGCUCAGUGCCCAACUUCAAGUUCCCGUCGGCUGGCUUCCGCUUCGCGCCACAUAGUCCACAGCACAACCACCCGAACAUCGCCGCGGGCGGCGGCAUCUUCAGGCUCACGGAGACCAGCCCCUUCCAGGCUGUUGGACCGCGAGGCGAUCUGGGAUCGAGAUUGCCAGACCCGAUAGGACUGCCGCCACCGCAGCGCUACUCGCACGAGACGCUGCUCCAUCAUCCGCAGCCCCAGCACCAGCUGCCCGAGGGCAUAUCCCGAAUAUCGGACACCUCGCGUCUCACGGACGGUGGCAUGUGCCGGCUGUCGGACAACCUCCUGGAGGCGCACUCGCCGCCCCUCGUGGCGACUAACCUCUCGGUGUCGGGGCCGCUGCGCGUCGCGGUCCCGAGUCCCCACACUCCAUCCUCGCGGGGCAGCCCGCCGUCGGUCCAGCAGCAGCAGCAGCUGACCCAGAGCCAAGGCCAGGGCCAGGGCGGGCUGAUCAGGGUCGAUAGCCCGCCUCCGAACCCCAAACCGCCCCAGAUCCACCGGCCGUUCUCGCCCGCCUGAUACGAGAGCGCCGGCGAUCCUUGGUCGAGCUGCUGUGAGCUUGCGUGCGUGUGUACGUGAGCAUUCCG